AUGUUUGCAGAUGACGUGAUGUCUAGCGCCAAAUGGAGGCGUCGUGUGCGUACAACGGCAAAACCACAGACCUCUGAGCUGCUGAAGUUUCAGUUGGUGGAUACGGUGUUUAUUGUGGUUCUGCUCAUUGGUUCAGAGUUUUUGGUACUUAUUGCUUUUCCUGCAUUUUCUCAGAAACCUGUUGUUGGGUUUUCUCUUGGCUCUGUUGGGUUUUCUGGUGUAAAGAGAAAGAGUGCUGGUUUACUUCACAUAUGUUCUGGUAGACUUUUUGACCUUAUGGGGGGCUUAUUGCACAUGUUUGAAUUCAAUCGGGGUAGGAUGGCAAAGAAAGUUCACGCCCAUAAGAACAAUAACGGUGAUCUGGAAACAUCUGGAAAUGGCAUGGAGCUGCAAGUAGAAACCUCUCAGGUUCCCUGUGCAGAAGGAGAAUUACCAUACUCCAGUCAAGUAGAAGAUGGCUGGUCAAAGAAACUCGGUUACUCAAAUGUAGAUUCGGUGAAAAAAUCGAAUAAAGAGGAUUUAUCCAAACAAUCAGGCGACAGAAAUAAUGCACCUAGCCUUGUGGCAAGGUUGAUGGGGAUAGACACCAUGCCAUUACCAUUAAACACUAAAUCUAUUGUUUCAUUGGAUGAAAGAACACAUGAAAAUAUGGAGAGGAAGUUUUCAAAGAAAGAAAUGAAUGGAAAGGGUUGGUUUGGUAGGGGUUCUUCAAACUUGAAUUCUUUUAGCCAAAUGGAAUUUGAUUCAUUUUAUCAACACAUUGAUGAUAAUGAUGAAGGGGGACAUAGUUUUGGAAAACCAAGGCCAAGGGAACAUCCUCAAGAAGAAGAACUCCAACAAUUCAAGAAAGAAUUUGAAUCGUAUCAAGCAACAAGGUUUAAGGAGUGGCCCAAGGUUGUUGACAUCGGAAGUGGUGCUAUGAGAAUGCUUUCUCAAGAGAACCCGAGCAAGGAGAAGAUGCAACAUAUUGCAAGUUCAAAGACAGAGAGCCACUCAUUUAAAACACAGCUACCAAAUGGUGACCUGAUGGAGUCAAUCUUAUCCAAGAAAAAUGAAUCCUUUCCAUCAAGAAGUAAAACACUAAGUAGAGACUUUGAGGAGUCUUUAAUGAUGAAAUCCAGAAGCAGAUUAUUAGAUAUAUGCGCUUCUCCCACUCAGAUAGUUAUCUUGAAGCCUGGUUCUGAAAGGAUUUGCAAUUGCAACCAUGAAGACAAUUGCAUCAGUUUAUCAGGCACUUUACAUGGGAGAAAAGGUAUAGAAGAUUUUCUUGAGGAAGUGAGAGAGCGUUUGAAAUGUGAACUCCAGGGGAUUAGAGCAAGUGGAAUUGAGGCACCUUUCAAUGAAAAACUAUCUGAUGCUAAAGAGGUCAGAGAAAGUAUGCCUAGAGAUGCUGAACCAAAUUUAUUCCGCUCAGAAUCAACGAGAUCAUGCAAAAGUAAAGUGCAGCUCAAUGGACCAAGUUCUCCAGAAUUUUUCAACAUAGAUACCAGGAGAUUCUUGUCAGAGAGGCUAAGAAAUAUUGUGAAAAAUGAAUUGCAUUUGGACGUUCCUGAAGUGGCUUGUUAUUUAGACAAUAACAGAGUUAGACUAAAGCAAGAUACUAUAAAGGGUGAAAAUGACAAGAGCCAGUGGGAAAUUCUGAAAGAGAAAAAAGAAUUACAAACAUGUUCCUACAGUGGGAAAUUAGAUGACGAUGUAUUGUUCCCGAAGGAGUUGUCGCCUAGGAACCUUGAAAGAUCCUUGUCCGCUCCUGCAUCUGGAACAUCAUUUGGAAGACUUCUUCUAGAGGACCGCCACAUUUUAACCGGUGCCCUUAUUCAGAGGAAGCUCGAAGCUGUUGAAGCAAGGCCUGUGGAAGUUAAAAAACAGAAGAAAGAUGGAUUUAAUAUUAAAGAAAAACUUUCCAAUUUUACAUAUACUCUUGGUCUAAGAGGUAAACUGUUUGGCAGAAGGAUUCAGCCAAAAGUAGAAUCAAAUGGCAGUAAAUAUGGUCCAAUUUUGAGAGAUAUCAGGAGUGGACCUACUGUUCUCAUGAAAUACGGUGACAGACAUGAGAACUCCACUGAGUUACCUCCUAGUCCUGCAUCUGUGUGCAGUUGUGUUGAUGGAGAACAUUGGAGACAGACUGGGUAUUCAAGUGAAACAUCAACUCCAGAUGUAUCUUCAUUAGAUGAUAUUUUUGUUCCCAAGGUUUUUAGAGAUAUCAGCUCUGGUUUGAAUGAGCUAAAGAGACAACUCAGUCAACUUGAUUAUGAAGGCUUUGAUGAUUUCACUACAAAGCAGGAGCCUAUUGAGUCUGAAUUAGUUCAAUUGGAUGAUCCAGCAGAAUCUUAUGUAAGAGAUCUACUUGUUGCCUCUGGUUUGUACUUUGGUUCAUGGGAUAAAUCUAUUGGAAACUCAGUUUUUGAAGAAGUGGAAGAAUCUCAUAGGAAAUUGGUCAAGGAGGAUGAAAGAUCCACAAAAGAUCAUAACAAGAAUGAGUUAGAGCACAAGGUUUUGCUUGAUUUGUUAAAUGAGGCACUUUCCAUUGUUCUUGGACCACCUUUGAUAUUGUCUAGAUUUAGAAGGAAACAAAUCAAUUCCUCGUUGCAGCCUCCACCAUGUGGAAAGGAACUACUGAAGUUAGUAUGGGACAUUGUCAGUGUUUCUUUACAUCCAACGUCUAACACAACUCUUUAUUCACUUGACAGUUUGGUGGCACUAGAUCUAGGAUCUAUUUCCUGGUCUGGACUAACAAAUGAUGAGAUUGAUACAUUGGAAAGAGAGAUGGCAUGUACAAUCACUAAUGAUUUGGUUGAAGAAUUCACAAAGGAUAUGCUCUUACAGGUGACAUGUCCUAAGGAUGGAGUUGAUGUGUCUGAAACUGUUGACUAG